AUGAUGCCAACGCUCCUCCAUGACCUCCUCCACUUCCUCGGGAACAUGCUGCAUGGAGUGGUAGACCACGUCGGUCGCUUGCUAGGCAACGCGCCCGCGACCCUGCUCGAGGACGACGCGGUCCUUCCUCCCCCGCUCGACCCACCGCCAUCGUCGUCGCUCGACGCACUGCCAUCGACCUCGCUCGACGCAGCGCCAUCGUCUUCGCUUGACGCGACGCCAUCGUCUUCGCUUGACGCGACGCCAUCGGCCCCGCUCCGAGAAGACCUCGUCGCCACGAUCGACCGACUCGCCUCGGACACGAGCACGACCGUGGCGAGCGCUGCGGAGCGGGCGCGUGCUGCGUAUGGACCGACCCCACUCGUGUCUGGGCACCCUCCUCAGCCCCCUCCGACCUCGUGGACGUGCACCUUUGCAGAGCCGAUCGACGUCUGGGUCCACGACGUGGCGCGGCAGCUCAUCGAGCACUGCAACAUGGAUCCUUUGCUCACGGCAUGCAUCGAUCUGGCGGCCGUCGACCCGGGUAUCGCGCGGCAGUGUCUCAUCGUCGGCCUCGCCGAGGUAUUGCAGGCGACGCCUCAAGAAGCCACCGGCAUCCUCCACACCAUCUUAAACGCACACGUGCGAAACGGGCAGGUCUUGGUCGAGUCGUUCCUCCGCGCGGCCCGCGUGUUGGACCCGGCGCAGCUCCUGCCGUGGCAUCUUCUCAUGGAGUACGCGCUGCAGUGCAACAUGCCGUACUCGGUGCUCCAGUGCGUCGAGCGUGCGGGCGCAGGCGAUAGUCAGCAUUGGGCUAUGGCCGCCUUCAACGCGAUCGGCGACACCGCAUGCAAGGCCAACGCGUACUGGGUCACAGUGGCGUCGACACCGCCACUGCAACUGCAACUGAGUUACGCCAAGGCUCUGGCAGACUUGAGCCAAUGGUCGCUGCUCGAUCCGCCGAAAGCCACGAACGACUCCUUGGUCGCCCUCGAAGCGGGUGACUACACACGCGUGGCGUCAUUGGCCAAGCUGCGCAUCGUGCAAGACGGCAUGCUCGAGCCAACGAUCGCGGUGACCAAGGCGGUGCUGGACCAACAAGAUCUCAUCAAGAUCGCAGACGUCAGCGCCAAUCUUCAGAUCCAAGGGGACGGGCUGGCGCUCGUCGAGCGUUGGAAAGAAGGGCACAAGCAGCAUUGCGACGAGCCCCGCGCUCUCCUGCGGUGCCUCGCGGUCGAGCAGCGACUCCUGACCACCCUCAAAGCCUCUUUGCAGACUCGGGCGGAAUGGUUUGUGGAGCGCGUCGCCGUCGCGCAGCGGGAUGCUGCUCCGCACAUCGUCGCCGGCGUUUUCGCCGAGCUCGAGACAACGCUGCAGCUGCUGCCCGGUGCCUCGGACGUGCGGCUGCUCACGAAGCUCGUGCAGAACGGCUUGGCCGAGGACGAUCAUCUCUCGACCGUCGACUGGACGGCACAACCCGGCGCCGGCGGCUGGACAGCGUUCCAAGCCGACGCUAAUAUGUCGCUGUGGGACCUGGCGUGGAGCCAGCUCGAGAACCCGACCGACAAGCGCGCGGGCAAGGUCUAUUUGGCACUCGCCAAGGCGUGGGACAAUCAAGGAGCACCCGAACUGGUCGUGCGCGCGCUCGAGAUGUAUGCCAAGAGCCUCCGGUGCACCGGGGCGUCCACCUUCGACUUUCUCGGGUUGUGA